CUACACCCAAGCGGCUGUCCUGUUGCAGCGCUUCUCUUCGUUUCCAAGACCAGACCAGAAGAAAGCCGGGACGUGCGGAGCCGGGGGGUUUAUCUGCUGGAGGCCUGUUAAACCACAGAUAAUCACAGCUUCCUUGUCGUUUCAAGAGACGCCAGCGGCCUAACUUGACCCAUCGCACCCUUUCCUCUUAGAACUAAUUAGACAAAAUGUCCUGGCAAAGCUACGUGGACAACCUGAUGGCUGAUGGCAGCUGCCAGGACGCGGCCAUUGUUGGGUACACGGACGCCAAAUACGUCUGGGCAUCGAAUGCCGGUGGUAUCUUUGCCAACAUCACGCCUGAAGAAAUUGACGUGAUAACAGGAAAGGACCGGGAGGGCUUCUUCACCUGUGGGCUGACCCUAGGCAGUAAAAAGUGCUCCGUAAUCAGAGACAGCCUCCAAAUUGAUGCCGACUGGACAAUGGACAUCCGGACGAAGAGUCAAGGAGGAGAGCCAACAUACAACAUUUCUGUAGGGAAAGCCGGCAAAGCAUUGGUUUUUGUCAUGGGAAAGGAAGGUAUCCAUGGAGGGUCGCUCAACAAGAAAACAUAUGAGAUGGCCGAUUACCUGAGGAAGUCUGGAUACUAAAAGCAAGCCUGUUCCCAGCCACCUAGCAGCUCACCCUUACCACCCUGUUGCAUUUCACACGACUUCUAGUUAGUCCUUUCUUUCUGCCUUCUUUAUUUUUUUACUUUGAAAUCUCCAACCAUUUUCCCCUUUCCAAACCCACCCUCAUCCCAUCCCCUUUUAAAACAAUUGCGCUGUGUAUCCCUGGCCCCAUUUUAAAGCACUAAACCAUAGAAAAGGUGUGCAUGUUGCUAAACAGGAUGUCAACAUUUAUACUUGACUCAGACCAGCAGAUUUUGGCCAUACACUGAAAUGAAGGCUAUUCUAUUAAUGAAGGAAUAUAUUUUAGUCAUGCUGCCCUUUACUUACUCUUCCCCCUACCCCCCUCCCUCUUAAGCAGUUGUUGCCUUUAGAGUACUUAUGUGGAAACUCAUCAUGUCUUCCUAUUUAAUUUUCUGCAAGGUGAGACCACACAUAUCUCUGGUCAUUUCAACACUAGCUAACGAUUCUUUUCAUUUUUUUUGCCAAAUUUCCCCAUGUUUUCCCUUUUAACAAAGUCCAAGUACCCCCCUCCCUCCCAUUCUUAUAACACUAAACAUAGGGGUUUGAUGGUGUCUGGAUCAGAUCAGGAAACGAUUACAUAUUCGUUAAGAUGCUGGUAGCUUCGCCCGCCCCGCGUCAGAACCACAGACCUGGACAUUCCACAGUACUAAAGGCUCAGGCACUUAAUAAGUUUGUUUGCCAGCUCCUGUAAUGUUAUUGUUUAUGAAGGCUGCCAUUUUUGGACAGUAGAUAUCCCACCUUAUAUCCAUCUGGAAUUUUUUUUUUUUUUUUUUAUUGGACCAAGUUUAGUUGGGUGUUUUUACAAAUGCUCCAAAUCAUGUGAAGGUUGACUACUACCUUUUAUUUUCUGAAGGAAACUAACCAGGCAUUGUACCAUGGUUAAAAUAUGAAGCUACAGGGGAGGUAAGGGUGGGAGAAGUCAUUUCAAUGUUUAUUUCUUUAUUGUUAAAAAGCAUUUGUACAAAACCAUGCUAUGUUGACAACUCUAAAACUGUGGAAUAAAUUGCCUUCUACUCUAGUUGACUGAAGUGGGGUAUCGCAUGAUCUGUCCAUGCUCAGUACUGCUAAAUGCGAGUCCACAAUAUAUAACACUAAAAGUAGAAAUGACUGAAGAUGCAAUUGGUUGGAACAAUGACACUAAUGUAUGUCUUGUUGAACUUAACUGCAGAACCUGUGUAUCUUGUGCCAUAAAGUAGAGAGAUCUGUUAUUGUAAGAUGGACCCACUGUCACCUUUCAUUGGCACUUUUUUUUUCUUUUGGCUUCUGCUCCACUGUUAGGCAUUGUGGGAUAUGUGUACUCAAGUCCUGUUUGCUGAUUUGUUAAUUUCUUUUCCUCAACACUUUUCUUACAUCUGGGAUACAGCCUCUUUAAUGCAUCUGAUUCCAUAUGCAUCAACCAAGAAAUGCCAUAAAUUGAUUUAUCACCUUGUUUACAGACAGAUCAAAAUAAAUUUAUUCCAACCAGUGAA